AUGGCUCUGGACGCGUCUGCUCAGCAGCUUCUCUACGAAACGGGCUCUCUCACUGGCUAUCGUGCUUCAGAUGGCGAACUCGGCAGUCACUAUCUUUCUAGUACCUUUAAUGUUGAACAUUCAUUUUGUGGGAACUUGGAAGGCUGGGGCCCAUUAUCUCCCUAUCGAUAUGAUUUUACUCCAUGUUUUAUGGAUGUGUGGGUAGGCAUUGUCGCAAUUUAUGGCAUCUCAUUCGGUGCCUUGGCAGUAUUUUGGCUUUAUAACAGGAAAGAAACGAAAGAAGUCCAAAAGGAUUGGCAUUUUUGGACCAAACAAAUUAUUAUCAUCGCAAUAGGAUUUUCAAUAUUAUUUCAGCUGGUAUGUCAGUCAAUUACAGACACUGAUAUCUGGCUCGGCGAUUUUCGGGUAUGGACUAGUGUGUUCACCAUAGCAAGCUUAAUAGUUAUUUUCACAAAUCAAUGGCUUGAACAUACGCGACUACGUAAUCCAAAUGGCGUCGUCCUAUUCUACUGGCUCCUGCUCAUUAUAGCUUAUUCCGUUAAGUUACGUUCCUUGAUCAGCCAAAAAGUAUACGCACAUUCAACCUCUUAUUUCACGGCAUACUGUGUGGGCUACGUAUUGAGCUGCAUUGAGUUCGGGCUGGAAUGGCUAGUACCUAAGAAAAAAAGUGCAUACCAUCAGAUCGGAGACGAAGACGAAUGCCCAGUUGAGUAUGCAACGGUUUUCAGCAUUCUUACCUUCAGCUGGAUGACGCCUUUGAUGCGGGCUGGCUAUUCCAAAUUCCUGACAGAGGAUGAUCUUUGGAAUCUAGCCCGUAGAGACACUGCUCGGGCAACAGGGGAUGCAUUUCAACGCGCUUGGAAACACGAGCUCAGGAAAAAAAAGCCUAGCCUAUGGCGAUCUAUCAUUCGCGCUUUCUGUGGACCAUACCUUAGAGGAGCUUUGUUCAAGGUAGUAUCGGAUUCCCUGGCGUUUAUACAGCCACAAUUAUUAAGGUUAUUAAUUGCUUUUGUUAAGUCCUAUCGCGAAGAUAAUACAGAAGCGCCACAGCCUGUUGUUCGCGGUGCAGCAAUCGCUUUUGCAAUGUUUGCUGUAAGCAUUGGACAAACGAUUGCUUUACACCAGUACUUUCAAAGAGCAUUUGGAACUGGGAUGCGGAUCAAGUCUGCUUUGACUUCCGCCAUUUACAGCAAAAGCUUAAGGCUCUCAAAUGAAGGCCGCGCAAGUAAAAACACUGGAGAUAUUGUCAACUACAUGGCUGUCGAUACACAGAGACUCGAAGAUCUUACACAGUAUGGCCAACAAAUCUGGAGUGCACCAUUUCAAAUUAUACUUUGUAGUAUCAGUAUAUAUAAUUUAGUUGGGCUAAGCAUGUUUGCUGGUCUCAGUACCAUGAUUAUGAUGAUCCCCAUUAAUUGGCUCAUCUCCAGAAUGAUGAAGACUCUGCAGAAGAAACAAAUGAAAAACAAGGAUUCACGUACUAGGCUGAUAGCAGAGAUCAUCAACAAUAUGAAAAGUAUAAAGCUUUACGCUUGGGGUAGUGCUUUUAUGCAGAAACUAAACUUUAUCCGAAAUGAUCAGGAACUUAAGAUUUUGAGGAAAAUUGGUGCUGCUCAGGCAGUUGCUAACUUUACCUGGUCAACGACACCCUUUCUAGUUUCUUGCGCAACCUUUACUGUGUUCGUACUCACUUCUGAUAGACCUUUGACCACAGACUUGGUUUUCCCGGCCUUGACCCUGUUUAAUUUGUUAACAUUUCCCUUGGCGAUGCUUCCUAUGGUCAUAACUUCUAUCAUCGAAGCGUCUGUAGCUGUUGGCCGACUUACUGAAUUUCUCACCACUGAAGAGCUACAGAGUGAUGCAGUCAUUAUCCGUGACGCAAUAGAAGAAAACGGCGAAGAAUCAGUAUCAGUUCGUGACGGCUCAUUUUCCUGGGACAGGCAUUCUGAUCGUCAUGUACUCGAGGAUAUCAAUUUUACAGCGUCUAAAGGCGAGCUCACUUGCAUUGUUGGUCGAGUUGGAGCAGGAAAAUCAUCGCUCCUUCAAGCCCUCCUCGGAGAUCUGUGGAAAGUCAAGGGAGAAGUUGUUUUAUACGGAAAGACAGCAUACGUAGCCCAACAAUCUUGGAUUAUGAAUGCUACGGUGAAAGAAAAUAUCCUCUUUGGUCAUCGAUUAGAUCAAGACUUUUAUGAAAAAACGAUUAAUGCAUGCGCUCUCGUGAAAGAUUUUGCCCAACUACCUGAUGGCGACGACACGCUAGUGGGAGAGAGAGGUAUCUCACUGAGUGGCGGACAAAAGGCUCGUCUCACUCUGGCCAGGGCUGUUUACGCUAGGGCUGACAUAUAUUUGCUUGAUGAUUGUUUAUCAGCUGUUGAUCAACAUGUUGGUAGGCAAUUGAUAGAUAAUGUUCUCGGACCAAGUGGACUACUAAGCGGCCGCACGAAAAUACUGGCUACGAAUUCAAUUCCUGUCUUAAUGGAAGCAGACUUUAUUUACCUUCUUCGUGAGGGCAGAAUGAUAGAGCGUGGUACUUAUGAUCAACUGAUGGCCAUGAAAGGUGAAAUAUCGAGCCUUAUUAAGGCAUCUGGGAACCACGAGAAUUCGAGACAAUCUUCGGAACAGUCCUCUAAUAUAACAUCAACCGUUGUUUCUGAUGAUAAUGACGAUGAUGAUAAAACUUGUCAAUUUUAUGGGCAAAAAUCAGGUCUUCAGGCAACUCGGUCUAACUUCAAAAGACGCAAAGGAAGUGCAUCAACAUUAGGACAAGCUAGUAACGCAAGCGUCAAAGCGCAACGUGGGAAAAUUCAGGAUGAAGAAAGUAACAAGAUAAUCAAACAGAAUAGAGAGUUUACGGAGCAAGGGAAGGUCAAAUGGGAUGUCUAUACCGAGUACGCAAAGACGAGUAAUUUAUAUGCAGUGUGCACGUAUGGUCUCAUGUUGAUUGGGGGACAGACGGCACAGAUCGCGGGCAACUUCUGGCUCAAAAAAUGGGCUGAAACUAAUGAUGAGCAACGAACUAAUUCGAACGUUGGAAAAUACAUUGGUGUUUAUUUUACGCUCGGAAUCACUGGUGCGAUGUUAGUAGUUGUGCAGACACUAAUCCUUUGGAUCUUCUGCUCCAUCGAGGCUUCAAGAAAACUUCAUGAAAGAAUGGCCUUUGCGAUUUUUAGGUCACCAAUGAGCUUCUUUGAGACCACUCCUGCAGGACGUAUUCUUAACCGAUUCUCAAGCGAUAUUUAUCGCGUAGACGAGGUACUCGCCAGGACGUUUAAUAUGUUAUUUGUCAAUACCGCGAGGGCCCUAUUCACCCUUGCUGUUAUUUCAUCGAGCACACCAGGCUUUGUCGCCUUGGUUAUACCAUUAUCAUUUGUCUACUAUUGGAUUCAGCGAUACUACCUCCGGACAUCUCGAGAGCUAAAAAGACUCGACAGUGUAAGUAGAAGCCCGAUUUACGCACACUUCCAGGAAUCUCUCGGUGGUAUCUCAACAAUUCGGGCCUAUCGCCAACAAGAACGAUUCGCUCAAGAGAAUGAAUAUAGGGUCGAUGCAAAUCUUCGAGCUUACUAUCCCUCAAUCAACGCAAAUAGAUGGCUUGCCGUACGCCUCGAAUCAAUCGGGUCCAUAAUUAUUUUUAGCGCUGCAAGUUUCUCUAUAUUUUCUGUUGUUUCAGGUAAUAGAUUGACGGACGGAAUGGUCGGUCUAGCCAUGUCUUAUGCCCUUCAGAUUACACAAUCGCUUAAUUGGAUUGUACGUCAGACAGUCGAAGUUGAAACAAAUAUUGUUUCUGUUGAAAGGAUCCUAGAAUACGGAAGAUUACCAAGCGAGGCACCCGAAGUGAUUCACCGCCAUCGGCCUCCAGUCAGCUGGCCCGCUUCAGGCGCAGUACAAUUCAAGAACUUCAGCACUAGAUACCGUGAGGGCCUAGACCUUGUUCUCAAAGACAUUAACGUUGAUAUCAAACCUCACGAAAAAAUUGGUGUCGUUGGCCGCACUGGAGCUGGGAAAAGCUCGCUAACCCUAGCUCUUUUCCGCAUUAUCGAACCGAGUGAAGGAAAUAUAGCUUUAGACGAGCUGAACACUUCUACUAUUGGUCUCCUUGACCUUAGGCGUCGCUUGGCUAUUAUUCCCCAAGACGCAGCUCUCUUUGAAGGGACAGUAAGAGAUAACCUUGAUCCAGGACAUAUUCACGAUGAUACAGAAUUGUGGAGCGUUCUUGAUCACGCCAGACUGAAAGAUCACAUUGCCAGUUUGGAAGGUAGUCUCGAAGCCAAAAUACAAGAAGGGGGAAGUAACCUCUCUCAAGGCCAGCGUCAACUUGUCUCCUUGGCUCGCGCUUUGCUAGCGCCAUCAAAUAUACUCGUCCUUGACGAAGCCACGGCUGCCGUCGAUGUGGAAACAGACGCCCUACUUCAGGCAACUUUACGAAGUCCAAUGUUCAGUAAGCGGACUAUCAUCACUAUAGCUCAUCGAAUCAAUACUAUCUUAGAUAGCGAUCGUAUAAUUGUGUUGGAUUCUGGACGAGUCUUAGAAUUUGACACACCAAAAAAACUCUUAGAGAAGAAGGAUGGAUUAUUUCGGAGUCUAGUCAUGGAGGCUGGUCUCCUAGAAAGUCUAACAACUUAG